GGAAGAUGUUUCUCUGCAAGCGACAUUUCAUUAACACAACACAAAUCUAAACAACCAGCCAGAGCACUAAUGUCAAACACAACCGUCACCUCCAAUGCCUCGGGGGAACAACAUUUCUGUCCCCUGCUGCAGCUCAUGCAGGAGCACGCCUUCAACAACCACACCAAGACCAACUGGAUAGUCGUUUGCUUCCACGGCCUGAUCUCCUGCCUUGGGAUUUUGGAGAACGCCCUGAUCCUUUGGGUAGUGGGUUUCCGUCUGCAGCGUCGCACCGUGACCUCUGUCUGGGUGCUCAAUCUGGCCAUGUCUGACUUCCUGGCCACCCUGACACUUCCUUUCUUCACCCUCUACCUUGGCUCCUCCCACAGCUGGGAGCUCGGCAAUGCCCUCUGCAAAAUACAAGCAUCCAUCUUUUUUUUGAACAUGUUUGUAUCCGCCUUCCUGCUGGCAGCCAUAUCAUUGGACCGCUGCAUUCUGGUAACCAAACCGGUGUGGUGCCAGAAUCAUCGAUCGGUGACCCGAGCAUGGAGGGUGUGUUUGCUGGCUUGGCUGUGGGCAGCGAUCAAUACAUUUCCUUACUUCCUGUUUCGCUCAGUGACUGAGACUGUGGACCAAAGAAAACUGUGCUAUCAUAAUUUUGCUCUGUAUCAAACAUCUGAAGCCACACUUGAGAGAGACUGCGAAGUGAGGCAAACAGCCACAGCCAUCUCGAAGCUGUUGCUGGCCUUCCUUAUUCCCCUCGUGGUGAUUGCGGGAAGCUACAUCCAAAUUGGUCUCACCCUGAGGAACAGGAGACAAAGGAGGAUGCAGCAGAAUGUCAAGUUAAAUAAGGCAUUGAUUGGAUCAAACCAUAAUGAGGCAUCAGGAACUACAAGUUCUUCUAUUAAUAUCUCGCUGAAGCCUCUUUCUAUUGGCCGUUCAUUGUCCCUGAUACCCGCAUCCUUGUCCCCAAAUUCCUCAUUUAGUCUUAACAAUCAUAACCAGCUGUCCCACAGCUUCACCAAGAUGGUGACAUUUGUGAUUGCGGUAUUUGCCCUGUGCUGGGCUCCCUAUCACAUCUUAUGCAUGAUUGAGGUGUCAGCCCAUUAUUAUAGGAAAAACCUCAGAGUGGUGGAGGUGGGAUUGCAUCUUGCCACAAGCAUUGCAUUCUUAAAUCCAGUGUUGAACCCCAUUCUGUACGCCUUUAGCUGCCCCCACUUUUGCGUGAGAAUAAGACAAAGCCUGGGAGCUGUCUUUGAUGGACUAGUAGAGGAGGGAGGAGGAAAACGAUUGUCUCGAACAAGGAGUCUACGAGCUCAUAUGAGGCCAAAAAACAGUCGACCUGCAUGCUUUGCUACACCAGGAUCACUGAAGACUCCACACUCCCCUCAGAUUUUGCCUGACCCCAAACCAAUCUUUGCUACUGCUGAUAAUUUAUAGGGUCUCAAGGAGGUUCAGACUGUGAAUCAAACACUUGUUACUUCAUGUCUGAUUUGGUGAAAGGCUUUAGUCAUCUGUUUCACAAAUGAGAGUCAUCACCAGUUGGACGCAUCUGUUCUUUCUGUACAGCAUGAGUAUUAAAAUGAAAACCUGUUUGCAUUUUCACUGAUAUCAAUCUGCUUUAAUCUGUUUCCAAAUGCUGUACUCAGUGCUUGAGUUAAAUGUUAAUUCUUCCUGGAAUUUCCUGAAAGUCAUCCUAUACCAUCUCGCAGAAUACUGUUCUUUUAAAUUUAGAGUUAUGAGGAAAAGGAACUGUAGUUCUAGUUUGUUUAAUCAGAGCUCAAUAUAAAACACUAGAACUGGGUAAAAUGCUAUAAAUAAUAUAUCGAGGAAAGAAACCAUAACUGUAAAUGUGCAAUUAAAUGCAACUACUCUAUAUAGAAUUAAAAUAUUGUGACACAUAUUGCGACACCAUAAAAGUGUCUAUAUGCACCAAUACAUGUCUAGAUUUAACAGGGAAAUUGUGCAGGGUUUCAAUAGCUUCUAAAUAAAGGACAAACAAAUGCACUUGCCUGGACCAAGACAUCUAAAGAUUUGAAUGACAAUAAUAAUUCAUUUUGUUUCUUUUAAUUGUCUAUCGCUAGAGGGCGAUCAGUUAUGUCAUCCAUUAACAUGAAACACGUUAAAGUAGGAUUAUACUUUUCAGGUCCCUUAAUCCAGGAUCAUUAUAAAUCUGCACUUCUGAACAUUUGACCACCUUUCUGGAAGAUUGGAUUUGAUCAUGUCAGACACAAAUUUUGAUUGACUGUCUCAUAACUGCCAUCCAAAUCGUCUUGUUCCGUCACACUGAGACACACACACACCCACAUAGGGUGGUAGGUGUAAUGUGGGUCAACCCAAUGUAGGAUUAACCAUGGAGGUAGUUGCAAUUUGCAGAGAAUAUUAAAGAAUGAAGAUGAUGAAUAUAAAAACAGAAAAGGAUUAAAACGAAAGACUCAGACCUACAUACACAGCUCCCCUUUGAUCUCAGCCAUUCAACAGAUCAUCUCCCAUCAAUUGGGACAUUUCUGUUCCAUUAUUUAUUUCUCUAGCCCAAAACUUUGAGCAUGUACUGUCCAAUAAUAGUAUGUUAAUUGAAGGGAUGAAGUCAAUUGAUUACUGUUCUUAUAAAUAAACGCAAAUAUUAAAAACAGAA